GCCCUUUUGGCUUCUGGGUUUGGCUUAAAUCUUGCAUUUUUUUUUUCAUUUCAUUAUUCAGAAAUGGCACCAGAGAAACAAGCGGAGGAAGCCAUUAUUCAGAGCUUUGAAACAGAGGCUGGAGAGGCAGAGGAAGAGAAAGGAGACCACUCUAAGUUUAGCCUCACAAGCCUUCUCUGGCAUGGUGGUUCUGUAUAUGAUGCCUGGUUCAGCUGUGCCUCAAAUCAGGUUGCUCAAGUGCUGUUGACUCUGCCAUACUCAUUCUCUCAAAUGGGUAUGGUCUCAGGCAUCAUACUGCAGGUGUUUUAUGGUUUAUUGGGAAGCUGGACUGCUUAUCUCAUUAGUGUUCUUUACAUCGAAUACCGAACCAGGAAGGAGAAAGAAAAUUUCAACUUCAAGAACCAUGUCAUUCAGUGGUUUGAAGUGCUGGAUGGGUUACUGGGUCCAACCUGGAAAGUAAUUGGACUGGCUUUUAACUGUACUUUUCUUCUCUUUGGAUCAGUUAUUCAACUUAUAGGAUGUGCAAGUAACAUAUAUUACAUAAAUGAUGAUAUGGACAAGAGGACAUGGACAUAUAUAUUUGGAGCUUGCUGUGCUACUAGUGUGUUCAUACCCUCAUUUCACAACUACAGAGUUUGGUCUUUUCUUGGGCUUGGAAUGACCACCUUCACUGCUUGGUAUUUGACCAUUGCUGCCAUUCUCCAUGGCCAGGUAGAGGGGGUAACUCACUCAGGCCCUAAGAAGUUGGUAUUAUAUUUCACUGGAGCCACUAAUAUCCUGUACACCUUUGGUGGACAUGCUGUCACUGUUGAAAUUAUGCAUGCAAUGUGGAAGCCUAAGAAGUUCAAGUCCAUUUAUCUCCUUGCCACACUCUAUGUAUACACCUUAACCAUUCCAUCGUCCGUUGCCAUGUACUGGGCCUUCGGUGAUCAACUCCUCACCCAUUCCAACGCCUUCUCACUCCUUCCCCGCGAUGGAUGGCGUGACACUGCAGUUAUCCUAAUGCUCAUUCACCAGUUUAUAACGUUUGGGUUUGCAAGUACACCUUUGUAUUUUGUGUGGGAAAAAGUGAUAAAAAUGCAUGAUACACAGAGCAUAUUUUUGAGGGCACUCAUUAGGUUGCCUGUUGUGGUACCUAUUUGGUUCUUGGCCAUUAUAUUUCCAUUCUUCGGACCGAUCAACUCGGCUGUGGGAGCUCUUCUUGUCAGCUUCACUGUCUACAUCAUCCCUGCUCUGGCUCAUAUGAUCACUUACAAAUCUGCCUCUGCUCGAAAGAAUGCAGCAGAAAAACCUCCAUUUUUCCUCCCAAGCUGGACAGGAAUGUAUAUAGUGAAUGGAUUCAUUGUGGUUUGGGUGAUUAUUGUUGGCUUUGGAAUAGGAGGUUGGGCUAGUGUAACCAACUUCAUCAACCAAAUUGACACUUUUGGACUCUUUGCCAAGUGCUACCAGUGCCCCAAACCCGAGCCAGCUUCACCAGGAGGGUCAGGACCACAUCACUGAGUUUCAAACCAGCUAAGUUGAACCCAGAAAUCCUCCAUCAGCAUAUCAAAUUAUGUGUUGUGAGCCUUAUUUGCCCUCUUUUUUCUUUUUAAUUCAUAAAUCAUUGAACUUUGGUGCUCUAUUCAAUUAAGCAAUAUUAUCUAUAUCAGAAAUUGGCAGCAGUUGUAAUUACUGAUGGACUGUAAAUCUCAAUUAGUUGUUUGUGAGAUUCCCAGUUGUAGGCAAUCAUGUAAGAUUCUGUGAUGUAAUAGGAAAAGCUAGCUCUUGUGGGUUGCAUUUUGUCGUUAUAAUAUC